UCGAAUUUCAAGUUAAGAAUAACACAGCAAGCGUUACUUCCAGAGUUCCAGGGAGACAGGCAUAACACCAGGAGAGCCAGAUUAGGUCUCUCCAAUCUUCCCCUUCCUCCAAUCUCUCACUUCUUCUUCACUAUUUCAUUUCCAUUACUCAUUUAUUUCUUCAUAAUCCCAAUUUGAUCGAAAAAUGCUUCUCAAUUUCAUGGAUUAAUUGAUCACUGUUUUAUUCUUGGAAUUGUUCGAAUUCAUUUUUGGUUGAUUGAUUGAAUUGGAUUGAGGAGUAUGGAUGAUACUACGCCCCCGUUGAAUAAGGUGGAGCUAGCUCACCAGAUGUACCGUAAGGGACGAUACAGCGAAGCGUUAGGGUUUUAUUGGGAUGCAGUUGUUGUUGCUAAGACUAAAGCGCAGAAGAUCGCUCUUCAUAGCAAUCGCGCUGCUUGCUUUCUUAAAUUGCGCAAGUUUAAGCUGGGCUAUGGGGGAGGGGAAACAUGAGGAAUUGACUCCAGAUCUCUGGCCUAUAAGGCUGGAGCAGAGCCACUGCUUCAAUGCAGCUGAUGAAUGUACAUCUGUUCUUGAGCUUGAUCAUAAUCACACUGGAGCCCUAAUGUUGCGCGCUCAAACUUUGGUUACUCUGAAGGAGUAUCAGUCAGCACUCUUUGAUGUUAAUCGGCUCCUUGAUUUGAAUCCCUCGUCUGAAGUGUAUCUGAACCUUCAUGCACGUUUAAAAACACAAUUGUCACUUGCUUCAAUACCCGAGGUAGAUUCCGAGCUUGAGGAAGAGGAAGAGGAAGAAGACAUAAUUGAAGAUAUGUUGAAGAGACCCGAACAGGAGGAGGAUAGAGACGAGAGUUAUGUAGAAGACCCAGUAGCAGCAGACACAGCUGAGAAACCUGAACCCAAUAUCCCCGAAACCAAUAGCAGCGAGGAGUCUUCUGAUCCUCAUCCAAAGGGAUGGAAUACAAUCCCAAAACCAAAGGGACACACGAGACUUGACUAUUCACGAUGGGACAGCGUAGACAGUUCUAGUGAAGAUGACGAUGAUGAUGAUGACGAUGAAGAAAGCCAGCCGCAGUAUAGGUUUCGUGUAAAAAAGGUUGAUCUCAGACCAGUUAAGUGAAUACAUUGAUGCACAUAUCUUUUCAGGACUUGAUUAAUUCAAGCAGUAUAUGGAGUCUUGUUAGUUGUUACUCCAUUGAAGUACAUAUGCUUCAAAUCUGUUACUGGACUGAGGUUCAUGUAGCAAUAUGAGUAGAGGCGCCUAUGUUAGGCAAACCAUUGUUCCAUGCAGGCUUUCAGUGCUGCUGCUCAAGAUGUUUAGGUACUAGCUGUAGCCACACCCAUUUACGCGACUCCAAAAAGUUUUGGGAGGGCAUGUCAAUUAGAUGUAUAUACGGAGUGUGCAAUAUGUUAUUGGUUUUAGAACUAUUCUUAUAUUUGUAAAUUUUCAUGUACAAGAUUUGUUACUUUUUUGAUAUUAUAUCAUAAAGAAACUCAUUAUUUUCA